CAGCGACACGAGGUAGAACGUGGUGGUGACGAAAAAAAAAGAAAAAGAAAAGAAAAAACGGCGGCGGCGGGACAAUGGCCGGGAACGAGAUGACGCCGAGCUCGAAGGCGGCGGCGCCGCCGGCGACGAUACGCCUCGUGAACUUCAUCUCCGAGGACCAGCUCGAUGAGGUGAAGCGGACGCGAGGGGAGCGGGUGGAGGAUGGCACCGCGCAGCGCGACAAACCCCUCUUCCAGAUCCUACAGGAGAACAAGGAGAAGAAGGACGCCGAGUUCAACGAGCGGUUCAAGCACAGACCUCCAAAGGCAUUGGAUGAGGAUGAGACAGAGUUUCUUGAUAAAUUGGCUUCGUUCCUUGUUUUAUGUUACUUGGGGACAGUCAAGAAAGGAAUAUGAACAGCAGGUGGCCAAUGAAGAAGCGGAACAGCUCCGCAGUUUCCAUGAGGCUGUAGCUGCACGGUCCAGUAUUGUUCAUGAACUCGAGACUCCUACAGUAUCUAGACCUGAGGAGAGCAGACCUAAGCCACCUACGAAGAGGAGCCAGCAUGCACUCCUGAAGAACGUAAUAAUUUCCGUGAAGCCGCAAGCCAAGAAACCAAAGGUUGAGGCGGAAGCUAAGCCUGCUCCUGCUCCAGAGGAGCGGCCUUCAAAUGGGCAUGACGCAGAUCAGAAGCAACCAGAUGACACAAAGGCAACACUCGGCUCUCUGGUGGCUUACGACGACGACGAAAGUGGUGAGGACGAUGACUGACAGUGGCGAUCAAGAGUUGAGGUGUGGAUACCGCAAAAUGACUGACAGUGGCGAUCAAGAGUUCAGGUUUGGAUACCGCAACAGCUUACUGGAAGAGAUGCCAGUGGAGCGCAGCCAGUGGGGUUUCCUGGAGGAGAGGCAAAAUUGGCUUCUCUUACAUUCGAAAGCCUUUGCGGCAAUUUUCUUGUAUGUAUUGUACAAUUCGAACAUGAUCUGGGGAACAGUACUAAUGAUUGGUACAUUGGUAGCACCUUGUUUUACGAAGGAAACCUGUAGCAAGCAGUAGUUUCAAUUUAUCUUA